GCAAAGAGAACAGACUCAUCUGCUCAUCUAAUGGAUCUCUGAUGAGCCCCAGAUAAAGACUGAUCAUCAAUCAUGGUCAGAGUUUGUAGAGAAAUGAUUGUCGGCUUUUGCUCUCGGAAAUAUGCUGCCAUCUUCCUUUUCCUGGCUGUCGUCUUCAUCUAUUUGCUUUUUAACAUCGACUUGGAGCACAAAGUGAACUCCUCCUACCCUGUCCCAAAACAUUACCAGCAACACCGCUUCUGCAGCUUCCAACCGUUGUCCCCUGAGGAUGCUCUGGAGGAACGCCUCCUAUUAGACUCCAUUGCUUGGCCUGAAACUCCAUCCUUGUCAGCUUCUCUUUCCCUGGAGCAGACCACCGAUCCUGCCCACAGCAGAUUCACUAUUCUCCCAGAGAAGGGUGGACAACAGUGGCACGUAGGGGAUCAGCUGGAAGUUAUGAUCAAAAUGUAUGACUUCCAUGGUCGUCCCAAGAAGUCUGGUGGAGACGUCUUACUUGCCCGCCUGCACAACCGUGCACUUGGUGCAGGUGUGGCUGGGAAAGUGUUGGAUCAUCUCAACGGCUCCUACUCUGCUGUAUUUUCUUUACUCUGGGAGGGAAGCGCACAGGUUGAGGUGACACUGGUUCACCCCAGUGAAGCUAUCACGGUGCUGCAAAGGCUAACCAGAGAACAGCCGGAUCGGAUUUUUUUCAAGAGUGCCUUCCGCUCAGGCUCAGUCUCUGAAACUACCACGUGUAAUGUCUGCCUGCGUCCAACACAGCAGCCACUGUGUAACUUCACUGACCUCACUACAGGUGAGCCGUGGUUUUGCUACAAGCCAAAGAACCUGAGCUGUGAUACCAGGAUCAGCAACUAUAAUGGCGGGUUUAAUGGACAACUCAAGGCUAACGAGUCGAAUCUCUUUAAAAGUGGUAUCAACAUGAAAGUUUCCAUUCAAUCUUCAGGACCUGCCAAUGUCAACAUCUUCCCAAAAAGUAAAGAUCAACCAGAGGUAAAGAGCAAUAUUGUGCAGCCUGGACCCACUGGCUAUUACUACAAUGGUACGUGGCAGUCAAUAAGUGGCCCCACAGUCCGCCAGUUCAACACUCCUUCUGUUAUCAACCAAUGUCUGAAAGGCAAAGUGGUCCACAUGUAUGGAGACUCUACCAUCAGACAGUGGUUUGAAUAUCUCAACAAAGCGCUACCAGAUCUCAAGCAGUUUGACCUGCACAGUUCAGUCAGAGUUGGACCUUUCAUAGCUUUAAACAAUGCAAAGAACAUUUUGGUGACAUACCAAUUCCAUGGUCCCCCUGUCCGUUCUAUCAGCGUCCCAGCCAUUGAACUACACUACAUUGCCAAUGAACUAGACCGUGUAGUUGGAGGUAUCAACACUGUUGUAGUUGUUGGCAUCUGGGCACACUUCAGCACUUUCCCCACCGAGCUCUACAUCCGGCGGCUGCAGAACAUCCGCAGGGCAGUGGUCCGGCUGCUGGACAGAGCUCCAGACACUCUGGUUUUAAUCCGGACUGCAAACCCUAAAGCUAUGACGCUUCGUGUGGCGCUGACCAACAGUGACUGGUGCUCGCUACAGCGUGACAAGGUGCUCAGGGCCAUGUUCAAAGGACUGAAUGUUCAUCUGCUGGAUGUCUGGGAGAUGGUAUUGGCUCAUCAGCUGCCGCACGACCUCCAUCCACCACCCCCUAUUAUUAAGAAUAUCAUUGAUGUCCUCUUGUCUUACAUAUGCCCUCAAAAUGGCAGCUAAAUGUGUAUUUAUAUUGGAAAUGACUGGGAAUUCACAUACAUGUGCCGGGUUUACAUGAUCCUUCUCUACCUUUCUAUAUUUUUUCUAUUUUUAACCAGGGAAGUUGACAGAGCAGCAAAACUUUAAAAAUUGCUAAAUUUAAUUCUACAAAACAUUACAUUUUUACUGUAUAUUUUUUGCAACAUUCAAAUGUCUUGUUAUUUUGGUUGUAUCAUGUUACAAUUUGUGGCAUGAUUCACUGUUGCUCUUUAGAUUAUUUUUUACCAGUCAAAAGUUAUGGACCCACUUUGUCAUUAAGUGUGUCGAAACAUUUGAUUGGUAGUGUACAUGUUUUCAAUUAACUCUAUCUUAUCUGAUUGAUGAGAAACAAAAUGUGGUAGAAAGGAGAGAAUAAAAGAAAUAAACAUAAGCAUGGUAAUGUUAUGAUCCUCCCCCUUUAUUUAAUAGUAAAGGGUAACAAAGUUUAGUCAUUUAUAUUGUUAAUGCUAUUGCAUCUGUAGGAAUUAAUGAAAAACAAAUGCAUUUUUGGCAGCCCAACCCCCUUUUAUUAAGAUUUGAAUUUACGAUUUUGCCGCCAUUUUCGCGCCUUGUACUUUACCUCCUCCUAGAUAUUUUAUUUGACCGACUUAAAACUCAGUGUCAUCUUAAAACACUGGAGAUGAAAAGUUAUCAAAAUCUUUUGCUUCCGUUAUACCUGGUGGGUUUAGCGCCACAUUUCACUUUU